CACCUGGCGCCCCUGAUAGAGAUCCACCUACAAUGAGUGCCUGGCAAUUUCCCUUAGUCUCUCCAGUGCCUCUUCUGACUUCGUACUGCUCCCUCCCAACAUGAGAGGCGUGCAGCUGGCGGAGGCGGCGGUGGUGCUGGCGACGGCGACGGUGUUGGCGGCGGCCGUCAAAGACGAUCCAAUUCUACCUGACAUUUGGACGGUGGUGGAGGGCUCGUAUGACUCUGACGUCACGGUUAACUUCCCUGACUUGGAACCCGGAGCGACGAUGAACGUCUACGAACUGUAUGAGAUCAAGGAAGAGAAAGGAAUGCUGAACAUCGUUGACCACGGCCACAGCACCAGGACCAACUACUACGGCAAGACCGAUCAGACCUUUGUGGUCCGCGACCACCAGUGCGCUGUGGGAACGAUCCUGGAGAACGAUGGUUACCGCCUCUGGGGGUGGAUCUACGACGCCUCCUCCUCCGCCGGCGGCAAGGCGAACUUCCUUUACGGACCCUCGGCGCUGCUUAGGAUCGUCAGGGACUAUAAGGACCAAGUGGAGUACAAAGGACAAGAUAAGAUUCGCGGCAUCUCGGCUGACCACUGGCUAAUUAAUCACAAGGACAACUACACUCUCGACUACUACUUCGCCAGUGGGGCGUGGUUGAUGCCCUUCGGACACUCUAUGGAUGGACUCCCGCUGGCGGCGCCGCUGCUGGUCAAGGUUCAUGGGAAGCAAGGCGACCCCUGGAACCCCUCCAUGAACGAUUUCGACCAAAGCAUUUACUACGAAUACACAGACUUCAGACCCUACAUCGUAAACGGCAAGAAACACGAAUUUCUGGUAGAGGAUGGUGUGGACUGCAAGGGGAGAGAAACACUGGACCCCCACAAGAGCCACCCGCCCAAAGCUCCGGAGACCUUCGAGGUCUUCAUCGAGACGGUGGUGCGAAACUAUAAUCCCACCUUACAUCAGUCCACCACGACGGUCUUCAGGGCCUGGAUGUACUACGACAACUGGAGACAGCUGUUACGGAUCGACAUUAACCCGGAUAUGGAUGCCGAUGAGAACACACAAGCUUAUAAGAGUAUCCACGACUUUAACACUGGGAUCCAGUACAAGAUCGACCUGGAGACGGGUACAUGUAAGAUGGGAGUCCUCGACCCAGACGAACUGGGCAACGUUAUCGGAAGUAGCGCCAUCGCUGGAGUCAUCAUGGCCGACCCCAAUAACCUCUUUCACCUGGAUGACACGUACUUCUUCAAUGGGUACGGAGAGACUCGAGGGCUGAGGACCACCCGUUGGACCUCCACCAGGAAGGACCUCAGGAACCCCGACACCGGCAACAACUUCAACAAGGCCGUCGUCGACUACCAGUUUACCUCAGAGGAGACCGAGAUCCACGGGGAGUGGAAUGGCACGUCCUUCCCAGCGAGCAUCGACGUGACCGUCUACAACGACAGUGACCCCGAGGCCAUCCUCUACCGUCACACCGUCAACCUCCUCCACUUCAAGAGCUACUUCGAAGUGUUCGAGAUCAACCCCUUCGACGUGAGGGAUUGCAUGGACAUCCCUUCCCAGAGGACUUGGGUCAAAAUCACCUUUGACGGUGACUGGUUCCACGGGGCGUCGCAGGGGCCUGACUUGUUUAAAAAGAUCCUAAUCGACAAGAUUGCGGGCGACACUCAGUCUUCCUUCAUCAGAUUCCCUGAAGUACAGAUGGACCAUGAUAUCGACCACGUGUUCGCCACGAUGCUACUGCUGGAGCCUGCGCCCUACCACCUCCAGUUCCAGCAGCUGGACGACAGGAAGCCCACCGACAGUGACACCCAGCUGGAACUGGUCGUCGACGAUGUGGACAUCUGCGCCUUCCGUUGUCUGAGAAACGUCAAGUUCAUCUGCCAGUCGUUCUACGAGUGCACGGAUCUCGAGAGGAACUGCUACGUCAGCAACUACAAAGACUCUCCCGGGAAGUUCGUAGACAUUCCCAAAGAGUGCGCCCACUACAACAAGGUCCUCCUCAAGAAUGACACCAUGGUUCAGAAGCCCAACGAAGAAAUCGUUCUUUGGCUUAAGGGCGAGAUCGAAAUCCGCAACUUCGCUGUCAGAGUGGACUACGUAGACAGUGAUGGUCAGACGAAGGUUGGUGUAUAUACAGCAGUCCACUCUGAAGAGGUCCUGAUGGCCGAUGACCCCGUCCUGGUGGAACUGGUGAGGGACGACUUCAGGACAGCCUACGUCAAGGGCAAGCUCAAGGUCGAAUACACCGACCUGCAACUGUCCAAGGUAAGCUACGCCAAGUGCUUGGCGAGCUGCCUUCAGCAGAAGGCCUUCGAGUGCGAGGCAUUCUCUUACUGCUACAACGACAUGAGCUGCUACCUCUCCUCCUACGUGGUCGACACUCCCGCCCCGGAGAGCGACGUCAUCGGCAAGACGGACUGUGUCGUCAUCAGCCGUAACCAUCUUCAUGACUACAGCAAGAUGGAUGGGACUGUAUAUCUAGGCACUCCUAAGGCCACGAUGCAUACCUUAGGGCCGGGAAAGUGCGCCUACUUAUGCGACAAUUCUACUACCUUCACAUGCAGAUCCUUCGACUUCUGUAGAAGUGACGACUCCUGCAACCUCUUCGACGAGCAUUCUAUCGAUGUGCCCGACAAUAUGCUGAACCACUCCUACGACCAGUGUGUCCAUUAUACACGUGAUGCUCUCGUGGACUUCGUCGAGCAUGAAAACCAGGUAUUGUCCGGCAACCGUGACCGCUAUAUCAAGGCUGUAACCACCUCCCGGUGUGCCCAGGUAUGCGAGGAUGAGCCGGACUUCGGCUGUAAUGGGUUCGACUAUUGUGUGGAAUCCGGGGACAUUACCUGCUUUCUCACCUCGGCCCACUAUUCUGACUCGGGGGUGAUCAUCACUAACUCUCCUACCUGCGACCACUAUUCCAGAGAAUAUUACGAGGGGGAUGACAGAGACUCCCACGCAAACAAACGAAAGAACUCGAGCAAGUACAUCUACGGUCCAGGUGACAUGGCAGGCCUGGCAUGCUCCAUGCUGGUCAUCUCCAUUGGCCUCACCUUUGCUGGAGUCUACGUAUAUAACAAGUACUACAAGAAAUAGAGGUCAGCGGCCUCAUGCAAACUCCCAUAAAAAUACUUAGUAUAUUUUGACGUUACGCACGUUAUUAUACAAGUAUUGUACUAGAUGUAAAGUUAACCACCAUGUUACAUGUAUACGUGUGUGCACGAACUAACUUUUCAAACACAUUCAAUUGCCCAUAUACUGAUUGAUCCCUGUACACACACACACACACACAUUGUGUUUGAUCACAUUACCUUUAUUAUCAAGAAUCAUGGGGUCAGAAGCAAAUUAAGGCUUGUAAAAUACUGUAAAUAUAUAAUAUACAUUAUGCACAUGUUUACAUAUCACUCAUUAGUUACUCUGAUUCUUGCAAGAUAUGUCACGGCCUAUUCUCUCAUUACACGUGCAGAUAUAUUUUAAGAUCUUUAAAUGACUUUAAAUCUGGAAUAAAAAUACAUUUCAUAAGCAUUAACGCUUGCAGGCAUGUAAAAUUUCUUUCCGAAUUAUAUUGGCAACUAUGCAAGUUUCCACUGGUCGGCUGAAUUUUAUUAUUGCUGCUAAUGAUUAUGUGGUCAUGAAGCCUGUCUUCUGUAAUUAUUGUUAGGUAAUUGAAUCAAUAUGUAUCCUCAGGAAGUUCAAGUCUCUGUUGUACUCGAGAAUGUUAUUUUGUCUUAAACAGUUGAAAAGAUUAAAUGUACUGUAUAUCAGCCUAAGUUGAUAAAAUCUGCUAAACUGUAAAACUAACUCUUUGCUAUUUUAUUUUUUUAGUAAGUGAGAAGAGGUAUUUCCAUUUGUUAAAAAUUGCAACUGCAAUACCUUUUUGUUUACCUGUAAAGUUAUGUAAAUAUUUUCAAAUAAACCAUCAUCAUGUCAAACUAUAUCACCAUCCAUCAUUUAUUAUGCAUUAAACAAUAAAUCCUUAUCGUUUAAAUCAAACCUCUCAUGCUUUGGAAGCCAGUGCUUAUUUCCAUGAAUAUCUAGUCCUGUCUGUAACAGAUAAUUAAAGACCUAUGCCGGUAUAAGACUGAAUAGCAAUAGUGUAUAUGAAUGUCUCAAACGAGUUGAAAAUUUCCAUACCUGUAUAUCACUCGGGUUGUCAUUAUUAAUUCAAGUUUGUUUGUCAUGAUUAGCUAGGUAUGAAUGUCAACAUGGGUCACCUUUGCUAUUCUAAAAUAGUGUUAAUAUUGUCUUGACAAUCUGACAUCUUUGUCUUCGACAGAAACAGGCUAGAAAGAUGAUCAUCCCUAUACUGGUACAGUAUUAGCAUGUCAGUCUGUAAGUUGUUGAAAAAAAGUGAAUGCAUGCAGAUUAUAUCAGCUUUAUGUGCAACUUCAAAUAAUCUAUAACACUAGCAUCACCUGAGUGAUAAAUUAAGUAUUAAAACCACAUUUGUGACCCAACUAUAUUAUUGUCUUAUUAUAAUUAAGGAGGUCAAUAUCAAAGUAGACAUCGACCUUUCCAACUGUUACUAAGGGAAGCAGAGGUUUUCGUUGUUAUGAAAGAUUCUGAUGGAUUGUUUUUUGCAGUAAUUGUGCCACUUGUGAUGGCAUGAACACUUAAGUUUGUUGCAGAAAGAUCCAAUAAGUUAAACAAAGUAUGGGAUAUUCAGGUGUAAAAAAAAGAAAAAAAAAAGUUGGCACUUAGUACAUACUGAACAUUAAGACAAGUCAAAAAAAUACUACUGAGCAUCGCCUGUUUUAUCACGGAAGCCAUGACAGCUGCUCAAGGCUCCAAAGCCUCCUUACUACUUUCAAGAACAUUUCAACAGCGUAAUACAAAAAAAUAGGGUUUCCCUGAUCUGCGUCCUACUCUUUGGUCCAAGGAGCUAUAUAAUCCGCUCUCAACUGCCAUCUAAAUUUAUUCUAUUUUUAAGGGACAGUGAGGAAUAAACAAACUAAUAUGGAAGGGAGGGGAACUAUCAGGGGAAAAGCUCCAAGCCAUUAGACUAUAUAGCAGUUGAGAGUGGAUCAUGAAGCUCCUCGGACCAAAGAGUAAGACGCAGAUCAGAUGUAUGAAUGAAAUGUAUUGGGUAGCAUAUGCAUAAAUUAGAGCACUGCUGUAGUAUAUAUACUAUGGUAAGACAUGUGUGCUAUAAAAAAAAAUCAAUACAGGUAUAAGUUUAUUAUAUAAAUUUGCUUUAUAAUUAUCACUUGUAUUAGUAUUUGUGUCUUUUUUUCUUACCCUUCUGAAAAAUGGGUAAUAUAAAGUGUUUUUCAGUGGGACAUUAUCUUGUAGAGAUGAGACAUUAAUUCUUUUAUUUUAACAUUUCUUGGUUAAACCCCCCCCCCCCACUAAUCUCAAAUUCUCACACUUACACAUGAAAGAUUACAUACUUACAUACAAUUAAUGAUGAAGUUACUCACAAGUCAAAUGUAAAUCGUCUUGAAGUAACUUCCUAUGAAAUUAUCAUGCUCAGAAGAGGGUAAUGUGGCAGGACUUGUGGGAACAAGCUGAUGUAUUAUUUCUUUGUGCGUUCCAAUGCCCAGUAUGUUACUCUAAUUUUAGUGAAACACUUUAGUUUACCAUGCAAGACACCAAAUGGCCACUUAUUAUAUUUUGUUUAACCUGCGAAAAGUAUUAAACACACUGCAUUCAAUUUAUCUCUUGUGCAAUUUAAAUCUAUAUCUGGGAUUUGAAAACAAGCUUCCACAAAGAACAUUCUUCAUUAUUACUGUUCUUUAGAUAUAAUUUUUGUUUUUUUACACCAUGCAUUAACAAUGCACAGAACAUCUCUUUAGCUAAUAUUAUUAUCUUACAUCUGAAAACAUGGUCAUAUAGCCAUUAAUAAGAAUACAGAACAAAGAAUACAAUUGUGUAAUGUUCUCAUUCAUGAGUACUGCAUAGUAAUACAAUUGUGUAUCACUCUCAUUCACAAGUAAUGUACAAUAAUACAAUUGUGCAAAGUUUUCAUUCACACAUAAAAGAUUUACAUAAUAUUUCAAUUUAAAAUUUCAAUCACACUAAAGCCCGGUGCUCUAAAAACCCAAUUUCAAUACACUUAAGUUACAAAUGAAACAAUUUGAGUUAGUGAAAAUAACACGAGACUUAAAAUAUUGUUUUACUUUAAUCCUCACAUAUGAAAUGUGCUCUGUUCAACUGGAACAACCAGUCCUCAUUUCAUGACUAGUUUUACUACAAAAACGAUAAGACAUUAGCAUUUACAUUCAAAAUAAGAACCUUUCUUUUUUGUACUUAUUUUUAUCCCAUAUUACGCUUUUAAGUAUGCUUUAAAAAAUCUACAAAAUGGGCUUGCAAUUUAAAAAAAAAAAAAAAAAAAUUGUACUUCCUUCUGUACAUGGUUCAAAACAUGGAUUAAAUCCUGUCUUUUUUUUUUUGCUUUACAAAUAAUUAAAUGCAAAAUGUAUGUAAUUAUCAAGGUAAAGUGCCAAGAUAGGAGGAAGUUCUCCACGGGUUCCUAAGACCUUUGGGGCUCAUGCUUUUUUAUGUUAAAAUACAUCAAUACAGACUCAUAGGAUGACUUUUUAUGAUACUUGUACCAUGCUAUAAUAUUUGUCUUACUGUAUAGAGGAAAUAUGGAAUUUUGAGCAUUAGUGCAAGAAAUGCACCCCUAAGGGAGGUUAGUUGUGGGCACAUUCCAUUUAAAUUAACCUGUCCCACUUUAGCUAUCCUAGAAUACUAUCAUCAUCAUACUAACAAGAAGAGUUAAGAGUCAUCUAUUAAUCCUCUAAAUGGAAUCCAAACACUCUUAAUUCUUAAUAUAAACGGUAAGGGGUAAUUCCCCUUUUAGCAUACCUUGCACUCCCAUAACAUUUCAAAUUUUCGAUAACAUGUGCAAUUUUACCCUCCUCAGUAAAUGCUUAUUAUCCCUCUCAACACAUGACAAUUUUUCCAAUUACUCCUAAUACAAUACAAAACAAUAAAUAGUUACGAAAAAUACUAAAUGCCACAAAGUAGGACUGAAAACAGGAGAUACUUUUUGACCCACAGGGUUAUAAACUCAUGGAACUGCCUACCCACAGAAAGCAGUUCUGUGGAUAGGCAUAGUUCUACCCAUAAAUGCCAAAACUCUGUUGAAUUUUAUAAUCCAGCUAGAAAAAAUCAACAGGACAAAUGGGGGGCACCUUUGACAAGCUCCUGGCUCCCUGUCCUCGUCAAGUUCAUUAGGGUGUUAGUGGGCCUCGGGUAAAUUCGGGUAAAUCAAAUCUUUGCCAAAUAAUAACUAUUUAAAAUACAAAUGAAAAGGAUUUCAUAAGACCUCAGUGUCAUAAUUAAAAAAAACAAAAAAAAAAACAUGAGCCCCUUAAAUACUGUCAACAUUUACAUCACAAGAAACUUUUCAUGUAUCCUCUCUUUUAGCACCACAAACAUUUGUGAAAAAAACUUUUUUUAUGUUGAUGCAUACGUUUAGAAAGCAGAAAAUGUAGUUAACUUGAGACGUAAAUAAAUUAUGCACUAUGUUAACAAACAGUCUUGGAGAUCAAGAGAAAUAAUAUUUGCACCAAAUUUUAUAUAU